GGCACCGGCACCGGCCGUCAGCGGACACAGGUAACCGCGACGGGGCCCGGGGAACCGCGACGGGCCCGCACGGUGACAGGAUGGGCCCGGGGGACGGGAACCAGCUCCCGGGAAGGAGGAAAGGGACGGGAGCCAGGAGUGGGAUCAGGCUGAGCCCACGGUGACAGGGACGAGCGCUGAGGAAUGGGGACGGGGACAUGCCAGCGGUGACAGGGACAUGCCAGCGGUGACAGGGACAAGCUCUGGAUAUCGGGGAUGGGGGUGAGCCCAUGGUGACAGGGAUGGUAAUGAGGAUGAGGAUGAGUCCCCGGGAACAGGGAUGCAUCCUCAGUGGCAGGGAUGGGGUGUAGGUAAUGGGGACCAGCCCCAACUGAUGCAGAAACAGGGAUAUGCCAGUGGUGACAAAUAAGAACAUUCCCCCACUAAAGGGAAUGUGCCAAAGAUGGACAGGGAUGUGUCCCAGCUCACAGGGAUGACAGAGAUGUGCCAAAAGCAAUGGGAAAGUGCCCCAGGUGACGGUGUGGCCGUGGGAUGUGCUGUUGGCUCUCAGGAGCUGCACGGAGCCUGAUGGACACGGCUCCUCUGGUGCUUGUGCCUGUCCCCAGGGAAGAGGGCGAGCAGAACACCUGCCCCGAGUGUUUCAGCCAUGUUGGGCCCUACUGGGUGAUGUGGGAUGGUGCCACCUGUCCUGCUCCCACCUGAGGGCUGGGAUGGAUCCUGGAUCCUGGGAAUCUGCCCCUGGUCUGGGGAGGAACAGCUGAGCCUCGCUGCGACGUCUGGGAAUGUCCCCCUUGACACGGCUCUGUCCAUAGGGGCUCGGGGAGGGGCUCGGGGGGACCCCCAGGUGGAGCCUCCUGUACUUGCAGGUGCCAGCGGCGGGCGAGGGUGAGGCGGGCACUCUGCCGGAGCAGGAGCUGGGGAGCGCGGACAGCCGGGAGCUCCGUGGGAUCGCCAGGAAGGGGAAUUACGAGGCCAUGGUCCCUCUUGGGUCUGAGGAUGCUGGUUCCAAACCUGCACUGCUGCCACUAGCCGAGGACAGGGAGGAUCCAGGGAGCCCCGGGCUGCCGGAGAAGGGAGCGGUGCCAGGACAGCUUGGUGACAGUGAGAUGGUUGUGAUCAAGACAGAAGAGCAGCAGCCGCAGGAGGACGGAGCUGAGCUCCUGGCACUGCCGAUGGUGCCCGCGGUCAGGCUGGACGAGGAGGUUCCCCUCAGCCAGGAGCAGCCGGUUUCCUGGGACAGCCACGGCGUGGCCGGGCCGAAGGCUGCCGGAGCAGGCUUGGGGGAAUUCUGCCUGGGGGAAUUCAAGCCGGUGGUGGUGCCGGUGGAGGCUCACCCUGCCCCGGGCCUGCCCUUCCCCACGGAGCACGCGCUGGGCGCGGGCACGGAGCAGCCGUUCGCCCUCGCCCAGGGAAUGCCGCUGGGAGAAGACCCCACGGCCGAGGUGGCGUCGCCGCAGCCCGGCUGGGAGCAGCAGAGUCUCCAGGACGAUCCUGGGGCGCUGCCGCCGGGCUGGAAGAGCGUCCGGCUGACACGGAACCUCCUGGCACGGCAGCAGAGCCGGGCGAGGAAGAGCAACGGCUCCUUCAUCUGCACGUCCUGCGGGAAGAGCCUGGCCCACCACGCCGCGCUGCUGCGGCACCAGCGCCUGCACACGGGCGAGCGGCCCUUCCAGUGCCCGGCCUGCGGCAAGAGCUUCAACGAGAAGUCCAACCUCAACAAGCACUACCGGAUCCACACCGGGGAGCGGCCGUACCGCUGCCCCGCCUGCGGCAAGGGCUUCGUGCAGAAGCACCACCUGCAGAAGCACCAGCGCAUCCACGGGCCGCAGCUCCGCAGCGCGUGGCCGGGCCGGCCGGCGAGGGCCAGCGCCACCGGGGAGCGGCUCUACCGCUGCAUCGAGUGCGCCGAGAGCUUCCCCCAGAAAACAUCGCUGGAGGAGCACCAGCGCCGGCACACCCAGCAGCGCCCCUUCCAGUGCCACGGCUGCACCAAGAGCUUCCGGCACCGGCAAUCGCUGAACCACCACCAGAAGGUGCACGCCGUGGCCACCUCUCCGGCCGGCAGCUUGCCGGGACACGAGCCCGAGCUGGAGCCCUGCGAGGCUCUGAGCCAGGAUAAUCGGUAGCCAGAGGGCUGGAGAGGGGAAGGGACAGUGGUUCUUCAGCGUGUGACACACCGGGCAGCUGGGACUUGUGGAAGCACCGGGAGUUUGUCCAUGAUGCUGUGGGAUUUGUGGCACCACCUGGGUCUCAGGAGGAGGAGCAGGAGGAGCAGGGAGCUGCUGUGCUGUGCCAGCGGGGAAGGCCCAGGGUGGGAUGGGACUGGCCACGAGGCAGCAGAGGAGGGGAGGCUCAGUGGCUGAGCCGAGCCGGGUGGUGUCGCUGCCCCAUGGAUUCAGCAGAGGAGCGGCUGUGUCAGACCCCAGGGUGGAACUCGGGUUGUUUGAACACCACCACUUGCAGGGAGUGGUCAGUGGCCUGGGGGCAGCUGAUAGCCCUGAGAGGCUGUGGGGGCUGGGUGGCAGGACCAGCCGGGAAGAGAAUCAGAUAAAAGACUGAGCUGA